ACCAGCCUGCUGAGCUUCGCUCAGUUGGUGACGAUCGGCUGGAUCGUGCGGACGUGUGUUGGCUUUCUCGUGUUGGGUCGUGGUGUGAUUCUCGAUUUGGUGCCUGGUCUAGAAAGACAUUUAAAAUAAUCUAAACGGGUUUUUUUCUGGACUUAUGAGAUUGUGGGAUUUUUUUGUUUUUGUGCGAGCUGUCUUUCAUCUUUUGCGCCAUUCUGAUAAGCCAAGAUUAUUCUGUCCCGGAACGCGAUGUGUUUAGGUACCUACUAGUGAACAACUAAUCGAUCGUUAAUCUGUUGAGUGAACCUGAAAGCUCAUCUAACAGUGGCUUGUAAUUGUUGAGAUUAUACUUUUGUGGAGAUGAUAAGAAGAGAAACCUGAUCAGCAACUACCAUAAACAACGACGAGUGGAAUCUUGUUGGAGGGAAAUCCCCCCGGAUCAACAGAAAUCAAUAAGAAAAUUAACUGCCGGCAGCCAUGAUGCUGCUCUACAAAUCGAUGGCCAUGAUGGCCGUGGCGCUGUGUGCCGGUCUGACGCUGGCAAUCACGGUUCCGGCUCCGGAUCAGAUCAGUAUGGCCAGCCAGGAUCGGGCGGAUGUUGUCCCGGCGUAUGCCCAGGCUCCUUCGAAUUUCCGGGUGAUCAGUGAACCACGGUCCUAUAAUCCGGAUACAGCUUCGCUGGAUUUCGUUUAUCACAAUCAUGAUGAAAUGACCCGGUAUUUGCGGGCGACUACGGCCCGUUAUCCGAACUUGACGGCCUUGUAUUCGAUUGGAAAGUCAGUUCAGGGUAGAGAUUUGUGGGUGAUGGUUGUUUCGGCUUCGCCCUAUGAGCAUAUGCUGGGAAAACCGGAUGUUAAGUAUAUUGGAAACAUCCACGGAAACGAAGCUGUUGGACGGGAGCUGCUGCUGCAUCUGAUCCAGUACUUGAUCACUAGUUACACCACUGACCCGUACAUCAAGUGGUUGCUGGACAACACCCGGAUUCAUAUUCUGCCCUCGUUGAACCCUGAUGGUUAUGCGGCGUCGAAGGAAGGAACUUGCGAUGGUGGUCAGGGACGGUAUAACUCCAGAGGGUUUGAUUUGAACCGUAACUUCCCGGAUUACUUCAAGCAGAACAACAAGCGAUCGCAGCCGGAGACAGAAGCUGUCAAGGAGUGGAUCAACAAGAUUCAGUUCGUUCUGAGUGGAUCGUUGCAUGGUGGAGCACUGGUUGUGAGCUACCCCUACGAUAACACUCCCAAUGCCAAAAUAUGUCGAUCAUCGUCGACCUGUGCCGUGUUCCAUAGUUACGUAUCGCAGCCUUCGCUAACUCCGGAUGAUGACGUGUUCAAGCAUCUAUCGCUGACCUACGCCAACAACCAUGGCAAGAUGGCCCGAGGUGUUGCCUGCAAAUCGGCUUCACCAUCGUUCGAGAAUGGUAUCACCAAUGGCGCUGCAUGGUAUCCGUUGACCGGAGGUAUGCAGGACUUCAACUACGUUUGGCAUGGAUGUAUGGAGGUUACGCUGGAAGUUUCCUGCUGCAAAUUCCCUCCGGCGUAUGAGCUGCGCAAAUACUGGGAUGAUAAUCAACUGUCAAUGAUCAAGUUCCUUGCCGAGGCUCAUCGAGGGGUCCAAGGAUUUGUCAUGGAUCCCAACGGCAGUCCGAUUGAGCGUGCCCAGUUGAAGAUCAAGGGUCGAGAUGUGGGCUUCAGUACCACCAAGUAUGGUGAAUUCUGGAGAGUUCUCCUGCCGGGAGUCUACAAACUGGAAGUGUUUGCCGACGGGUUCGUUCCACGAGACGUAGAUUUUAUGGUUGUCGAACAACAUCCCACAUUACUUAAUGUUACAAUGCAGCCAUCGAAGCGUAACGACGGUAGCUACUAUCGACCGAUUGCCGCUUCGCAGUCCCAGUACCGGCCACAGUUGGCGGCAGCUCCCCAAGGUCCUGGAAAUCCUGGCGGACCGGCAGCCGACGAAGGCAUUCUCUCGACGAUCAGCAACGGCUUCAACAGUUUAGUUAACAACAUUUUCGGAUAGAUUCUUCUACGCAGCCAAUAGACUUACAGUAUUAGACUGUUUUUGACAAAAUUCCUCAAAGUACUAUCAACGAAAUUGAAAAAAAUUAUCGUUCAAGCUCCGUGAAAACUGUUCUACUUUUAAAUCUCGACCCGUACAAACGAAAGACAGUACCUUAGCUGGUGAAAAUUAAAAAAAAAACAAAACAAAACAAACAAAUUAAAAGUUAUAAAUUUAAUAUGACGCGAAACGAUGUGUUCCAGUGAUAUGACGAUAUAAUAAUUGUUAUAGAUUAGUAACAUGUUUUGAGCGAUAACUAAGUUCGAUUAAAAAAUAAAAUAAACAAAAAAGUAACUAGAACAAAAACAACUAUUCAAACACAUUCCCUAUGCUAUAGAAUUGUUUGCUGGAGUAGCAAACUUUUUAAGUUCACAUUUUAGUGAUUGAUAAGGCGCGCGUUGGAUCGUUAAAACGAACAAACAAACAAAAAUGAACAACCUUCAACAAACUGCAAAUUAGUGAAACUCAAUCUCUUUAUAGUAUACCUAAGAUCUAUGAUAUAUUUAAAACUACACCUACACACCGAUAAAGACUUAUUUAUGAAACACGGUUUGAUAUCGUAAUUGAAAUAAACAAAAUAAUGGAA